GAAAAAGGGGUAUAUUUCCUUGGAUUUACACCCACACCAAACGAUGGGUGCCUGCUGUUCUACGCAAUUCAAGUACAAAGGUAGACGGUAUGAAAAAGAAGGAUCGGAUGAAAAAGAGGAUGAGGGGCACCAUCGAGACCACAACAUCAACAGUGAUGACAAUAGCGCCAAUGUGACCAGGAUUGGACAUGCCGGGGCUAUUGUUAGAUUGCAAGGCUCCUCCUCCUUGACCUCAAUGUACACUCGCAAGGGCAAGAAGGGGAUCAACCAGGACGCUAUGAUCGUUUGGGAGAACUUUACGGGGGAAAAGAAUGUCUUCUUCUGCGGUGUAUUUGACGGUCACGGUCCAUCGGGUCACAAGGUUGCACGCCACGUAUGCGAUGCCUUGCCGUUGAAGCUUUCGACAAUGCAUCAGCCUCGGCCCAGCGCUAAGAAGGAGGGCGACAAGGAUAGUAGUCACAAGCAUUGGGAGGCAAGUUUGAUUAGAACUUUCCAAGAAUUGGAUGAAGAUCUUAGCAUGGAAGAUUCCCUUGAUAGUUACUGCAGUGGCACCACGGCCGUAACCAUUGUUAAGCAGGACCAACACUUGAUCAUCUCGAACUUGGGGGAUUCUCGAGCGAUUCUUGGCACCAGGGACAACAGAAACCAAAUUAUUCCGGUCCAACUCACAGUCGAUUUGAAACCUAGUUUACCGAGUGAAUCGGAAAGAAUCCAGAAGAACGGUGGCAGAGUAUUCGCAAUGGAAGAAGAACCGAAUGUACCGAGAGUGUGGAUGCCCGACCAAGAUUGCCCCGGUCUAGCUAUGUCGAGAGCUUUCGGGGAUUUCUGCCUCAAGGAUCAUGGACUUAUCUCUACACCUCAAGUUUCUUAUAGAAGGCUUACUCCCAAAGAUGAAUUUGUAGUGUUGGCAACUGAUGGGGUGUGGGAUGUGCUUUCAAACAACGAGGUGGUACAAAUAGUAGCCUCAGUAAAGAGACCAUCUAUAGCAGCAAAAGUAUUGGUUUAUUAUGCAGUUCAAGCAUGGAGAACCAAGUACCCGGGUUCUAAGGUCGACGACUGCGCGGUUGUUUGCUUGUUCCUCAAGAAACGACCUCCGGUAUCGGGAACGUUGUCAGAUAUAAGCCAGCAGACCGCAAGUCACGUCAAUGAGGUGGAUCCGAAAGGCAAGAAAACGGAAGAAGGGGAGACUGUGAUUAAUUGUGACAUAGUGGUGGAUCCAAAGGCGCUUGAAGAAGUAAAUAGAGUAAAUGGGAACACCAUCAAGCAGCGUUCUCGGCUUGGCAGUUUGAGUAGGGACAAAAUAACUACGGAUUUUGGUGGACAAACCCAAAGUUAAUAUGUAAAAUAUAGUAAAAAAAAAAUCUCAAUUAUUAUUCCAAUGAUUUUCGGAAUUUGGCA